ACGUAUUUACUAGGUGAUCGAACUCUCUCUCUCUCCCUCCAUGCAAUGGUGGCUUCCUUCAAGUUUUCCAUCGCUAUUGUUCUCUCAUGUCUCAUUAUAAGCAAAGGCCUAUGCCAAGAUUGCCCCCUAAACAAAAUCAAGAUUUUCCAAUUCGCGAGCGGGAGAUUUAUCCAAGGGAAAACUGAAUGGGUCGUUUUUCUGAUCAACACGUGCAAGUGUGCCCUACAAUACAUAGAAUUAAAUUGCAAAGGAUUUCAGACCGUCGAAAAGAUUGAUGAAGCUGUCCUAUUAGGUCCCACCGGCAGUGGUCGUUGCCUCUUCCUCAACAGAAACCAACUGAUUAAACAAAAUAUUGGCCAGUUCGCUUAUGCAUUUGAUACAGAGUAUAAUUUUACUGUAAGGGACAUCCUUCUUCCUAAUGGAACAUGUAUCUCUUGAGAGAUUGAGAUACAAAUAAACAUUUCGCAA